UUGGAGAGAGAAAGGCGAGCGCGGCGGAUAAGAGAGAAGCCUGCGUGGCUGGGUCAGGAAAGCGAGCGAGCAAGAGGCAGGAGGAGGACGGAGAGAGCCCCCAGCUGCACCAGGGCGAGGCGCGUGUGAUCCCGUCGAGGCGGCGCCCGCGGCUCCCUGCCCCGGAACCCCUGCGCCUUCGCCCGGAUCAUGGGAGUCUAAACGCGGCGCAGCCAUGGCCAUCAACACGGAGGCGCCGCUGGCGAAGGCGCUGGAGAACUCUCCUCCGCCUGUGGACUCGCAGGAGACCGAGAAGCUGCUGACCGCCGUCGGGGUAGCCCCGAAGUCCUUCGCAGCAGGUGGAGAAGGCGGCGAUGAAGCGCCCGCCGGGGGCGAGGCCGAGCGCAACGGCCACCACAGCCUGCCUUACCAGUCCGGCUCGGAGGGGAAGCUGGAGGCCACGUCGCUCUCGCCAUCGCGGCUCAGCCUGGGGCGCGCCUCGUCCACGGCCACCUCCAACCUCCACGAGCCGGGCCGCUCGCGGGACUACCUCCCGCUGGCCAUCUUCUCCUGCUUCUGCCCCAUCUGGCCCCUCAACAUCCUGGCCUUAGUCUUCUCCAUCAUGUCUAGGAACAGCUGCCAACAGGGAGAUGUGGAUGGAGCACGGAGGUUGGGGCGGGUUGCCCGAUUCCUCAGCAUCAUCUCUAUCGUCCUGGGGACCCUCAUCAUCUUGGUUUGCACACUGAAGUUCACAGGUUACCUGCAAUCAAAUUAACACGAGCAAAGCUUGAGUGAAAAGGAGGUGGUGCUUCGACCUGCGUAUUUAUUUGUUUAUUUGUUUUUUUGAGUGGCCGUAGGAUGCCUCCCACUUCCGCGCAGUUGCAAAAGGAAGGACUUUUUCAGCGGGAGAGAAAUGCGGGCAUCCUCCACCGGCCAACCCUAUCCUGCUCCCAUCCUUGAACAGAAUUACAGCAUGCCCAUCUUCACCAUUAGCCUUUUGGAUCACCAAAAAAGUUUGUUAUUUCCGGGGGACGAACAAAAUGUACAAUCCGGUGAACAAGACUAGGCAGGAGGGGAAGAACGAAGACCCCUUCCUGCCUGGCACAGGAACUCUCUACCUCGUCAUCUGCCACACAGAGAGAAAGACACGGAGGGGGGGCACAAAGAACCGUCAAGAGGAGGUGCAUUUCUCCCGAAGCAAAACUCUCCUUGAUCCCCCCCCCCCGCGCCAGCAGCAGUGAACUGGGUUUUGUACAGAUUGAUGCUUUGCCUCUUUGCGGGGUUUGGGCAGAAAUCACUCCUAUUGCCGUGCAAAAAAAAAAAUGGAGAAGGAAAAUCCACUGUGCCACCCAGCUACCGGGCAGCCCAUUCCAAAUACUGCUUCUCCUCUGCAGGGAUGGUUCUGGAGCCAGAGGCGUAGCAAGCCCGGGUGGUACCCGGUGCGGAU